AACAAGAACAACAACAACCAUUAUCUACUUUAAUUCAUAAAAUCAUAAAGUCUAUAAUAAUUAUUUUACAGGAUUUUGUUCCUAAUAAUUGUUGUUCAGUGAUGGAAAAUCAAAAUGUUUAUCAACCUUUGUCAAAAUGUAAUAUUUUGGUAUUGAAUGAGAAAAUACAAAUGCCAAAUAAUGUUGAUAAAUCAACAAUUUCUCACAAUACUAAUAACAUUAAAGAAGAUAUAACCACCAUCACCAACAUUAACAGCAACAACAAUAAUCAUUAUAAAUGUUAG